AUCAACAGCUAUGGCUUCUUCAUGGGAAGAGUCUCUAUGACAAGAUUCAAACUUUUCCUGCCCAAGCUAAAAAAAGAUUUUUCGAUCAGGUUACUCGCCGAUUUGUUCCACAACCAAAUGAUGUAGCACUAUACAUUGAACAAGGAGGUGAGCCGAUGCGAAACGAAUAUCUGAAGAUUGUUCAUGAACUUCUUCUACAUAACCCAUACAAUGGAUUCUAUCCUCAAAUCAAAGCUCCCAGCGGAUUUAAUGUAGAAGUUCCUAUGUUUUUUCACAAGAUGAGGCGUUGGGGUCUUGCUCAUGCCCUCUUGGAUGAUGUCUUCGCACAUAUCAAGGAAACACUCUAUUGUUACCCGUGGAUGAAAUCCGAACCAGUGACAAAUCUGCUCAACUUUGCUGGUGAUGUUUACUAUAUCUACAAGGGAAAAUACUUCAAAGCUUUUAUCACCAUUUAUCUCCCAGAGUCUUAUCCUAACGAUCCUCCUCAAGCGUGGGUAGUCUGCGAAGACGGUACUACGGCAAUCGACCCUGUGCAAAUGCAUGUAGCUCCCAAUGGUAGCGUCAGUAUUCCGUAUCUAUGGGAUUGGGAUGGCAAGAGUUCCACGCUUUUACAAUUUAUCUUGCAUAUGUGCGUUGAAUUUACUUCUCAGCCACCUACCUUCGCCAUUGAUGUUGGCAUCAAUUUAUCUCAUAAUCAGAGGGAGUUAUUGAAGAUCAUACUCGACUACAGGAUCAGGCAUCUCUACGAUGAAAUUAUCAAGAUAACACCCGCAAGGACAUAUGCUUUCUUCGAUGAGGUUGCUAGACGAUAUCCUCCGGUUUUAGUGGAUCUAGCUGGCCACAUCAGGACUAGCCAAAGAGGUGUGAAUGAAUUCAUUGACAUUGUGGCAGAGUUACUUGGACAACCUUCCAAGACCAUAAGUACAGUGGAUGUUGCGGAUCAUCGUUUCCUCCCAUGAGUGAGAGUCGCUGAGAGUAAUUAAAACGUAACGUUUGUCGUUCUAUCUAGCAAUUAUUUUAAGUUUAUUUAACGCCCGUAGUUGUUUCUAAUCUAAGACAUGAUAAGCUUUUCUUGUGUUUUAUUAUUAUCCCCAAAGAUUCUGUACCAUGGUGCCGUAGCUGUGGCUCAUAAACUCUUUUAAUUAUUAGUAUGUUUUCCUACUGUCA